CAGCUGCGCGGAAGCGCCGUGAGUGGCUGCUGCUGUCAGGAGGGACGAAUAAAAACUCGAUUUUUUUUCUUUCCUGACCUUCACCAACUUUCGGUGAGCAAACUCAGCGCCUGUUGGGCGCUACAGACUCACGCGCGCGAAUAGAUAAGUUUUGGACAGAAUGGGUCCGAGAAAAAGAGGGGCGCGAAAGAGGAAAAGCGAAGAUGCUUUGGUGGAGGAAGACAGCAAAAACACCGAGAGGAAGGCUGAAGAAGAGGAGGGAGACGCGGGGAGGAGGAGGAAGAAGUUCAUCGGAGCUCACGUUGGAAUUCAAGGCGGGGUAUGGAAAGCCGUAGACUCGUGUCUACAGAUGGGAGGCAACAGUUUCGCCUUGUUUCUGGGUUCUCAGCGCUCCUGGAAGAGGCCUGCUCUGGAUCCAUCUGCUGCAGAAAAGUUCCGGGAUCAGUGUUCCUCACACGGAUUUGAUCCCGCCCACAUCCUGCCCCACGGCUCCUAUCUGAUGAACUGUGGAUCUCCUAAAGAGGAUGUGUUUGCGAAGAGCCAGGAGCUGCUGGUGGAUGAGCUCAGCCGCUGCCACAUGCUGGGCCUGAAGCUGUAUAACUUCCAUCCUGGCUCCUCACUGGGGACUAUCACCACUGAACAGUGUGUGGAAAAGAUAGCUGGAGCCAUUAACCACGCCCACCAGCAAAUACCUGAUGUGGUUACAGUGCUGGAGAACAUGAGUGGCCAGGGCAGCACAGUGGGCGGUAAGUUCUCAGAACUCAGGAGCAUCAUCGACAGAGUGAGAGACCAGAGCAGAGUAGGAGUGUGUCUGGAUACCUGUCACGCCUUUUCAGCAGGCUAUGAUCUGGCAGCAGAGGGAGGGGUUAAAGCCAUGCUGGAUCAGUUUGAUCAGGAAGUAGGGCGUCACUAUCUCAGAGCACUCCACCUCAAUGAUUCCAAAGGUCAACUCGGCUGUCAUCUUGAUCGGCAUGAAGAUAUAGGUAAAGGUAACAUUGGGAUCUCUGCGUUCCGAGACAUCGUCAAUGAACCCAGACUGGAGAACAUCCCUCUGAUUCUGGAGACGCCGGGACGGCCUGGAUUUGAAUAUUCUGAUCAAAUUCAGCUUCUGCGAUCCUUGUGUGAAGAAAAAUGAAAACCAUGAAGGUGAGAGGGGGACGCUGCCGCCAGACUCUGACGGAUGUCUUCCUGUUUACAGCCACAGCGGAGGAUAUUCAUUAGCAUCAAAAGCUUCAAGAAAAGUUUUUUAUUAAAAUAAAAAAUAAAACAAAUA